ACGCCCGUUCGCGAUUUUCGCGCGUGAGUGACCGUUGUAUAGUGAACUCUAGUGAGUGACUCGAGUGUUGAUGGUGACCAUCAUGAAGCGGAUUGGGAUCCUGUUCAGACUUUUGUUCCUGUUAGAUGGAGGAGUGUGGUCGCUCCGCAACCUCUCCAUCUCAGUUCCUCGCGCUGUUCUCUCCGGUGAAGGCCAAGCGGCGGUCCUACGCUGCUCAUACGAUUUAGAGGGCGCUGCGUUGUAUAGCAUCCGCUGGUACCGCGCGGAGACAGAGUUCUACCGCUUCGUACCGCGCGAGCUGCCGCCUACUAUGGUGUUCCCUCUGCCCGGAGCUUCCGUCGAUCUCACGCAGUCAGAUGAGCACCAAGUCCGCAUAGUGAACCUCAACAGGCGUCUCAGCGGGGACUAUCAGUGCGAGGUUUCUGCUGACGCUCCUCUGUUCCACACGGACAUUCGGUCAGCACCACUAACUGUCGUAGACCCGCCAUUUCGCGCGCCGCGCAUCAUGGUGUCCCGUGGUAACUACGCGCGCGGUGACGUCAUAAAAGCGAGCUGCACAGUUGACGAAGCUUACCCUGCCCCAAACAUCACUUGGAUUCUGGACGAACAUAAGAUCGCAGAAACGGUCGCGGAUCCUGUAUCGGAGUUGGACUUCACAGAACGUGGAGCGUCAAGCCAGCUGGAGAUAACAGUUUUGGAGACGGAGCAGUACCGAGUUGGCCUGACAUACACCAGUAACAGCCUGGCCAGGGCCUACCACCAUGAGGAGCCUAGCAAGAACCAUAGUGUAGCCAAGUACACGUUGGUGCCGCCGCCUAGCGGCCAAUUCGAGCUGGGCUGCGUGUCCACCAUACUGGACAUCUACGCGCGCCAGUCCGAGAGAGUGACCGUGCGAGAGGACGCGCCACGCCCCGCCUCUGUCACUGGCGAGGAUUCUGCGGGUGCCGCCCCCGCCCUCAGCCUGACCCUCGCCGCAUGCGCGUGCGCCUAUCACGUGUUAUGAUCGCGCACGCACCCCCGAAACUGAAUGUUGUGAUAGACACAUAAUACUUAAGAUAAUAUAUACGUCAAUGUUGCAGAUUAUAUGUGAAUAUGUAAAUAAAUUCAUUAGUUACUA